CAAGUCAACAACGGGACACAAGAAGUGAUGCCAGCGCCGCCGCUACGAGCUUUAAAGACGAUUUAAAAAUUGACGACUUGCUGAUUUUCGCUUUCUAUUAACCGGCAAUUUCUGCGGGCGGUGUUAAUGAAAAUUAAGUUGGGAUUUCCCGAAAUUGGUGUGUGCGACUUUCGAUGAAAAUGAAUCCCUCGAUGUUUUUGAUAUGGGCACUUUUGCUUUGUGCUCAACGCGCCUUGACUCACAUACUAGGGGACGAAUGCAACAGCGAUUGGGAAUGCCGAGAGGACAUCGCUGGGUCUAUAUGUCAAAGGGGACACUGCUCCUGUCAGCCGUUCUUCGCUAGAAUUAAUCAAACGACCUGCCUGCAAUCCACCCUCCUGGGCUACGAUUGUGUGGUGCCGGAACAAUGCUCGUUGAAGGUGGCCAACAGCAGUUGUUUGGACGGCGUGUGCCGCUGCAUCGACGGUUUCCUGCAGUUCAGGAAACACACUUGCCUCGGACCCGCGAGACCGGGAAACGUCUGCUACAGCAACGCCCAUUGUCAGUUAUGGACAGCGGAUAGCCAUUGCGACUUCCUCAUUCCUAAUCUCUUCGGGAGAUGUCAGUGUAACAAUCCGUUCAAGCAGGUUGCUGACUCGUGUGUUCGGUCGGCGUUUCAAAGCAAACCAACGCCUUCAACGACAGACUCAAGAGUUAUUACUUCUUCUACUUCUGCUUGGCUCACAUCUGCGACUACACCAUCCACUACGGUCCCUACAUCGACAAAGUUCGCAAAGAAUACGGGGUCUCCUUCAACUACGACGUCAUCCUCGACGACUGUGGACCCGGACAUCGAAACAAAUGUUAUAAACAAACCAAAAAUUCCGUUAAGGAAACGGCCACCUUUCCUGAGAGGAGGCGCCUCCUCAACCCUUAAGCUCAGCCCAUCGUCAUCCACAACGGAAAUGGUACCUACCAGGAAAAUUCAUUCUACGCCAGCACCCGUAGAUGUCAGCACUCGGAUAAACAUAGCCAAUAGAGUCACUACCAUGGAGCCGCCCUCGACAGCUUCGCAAAUCAUAAUGUUUUCCGCUACAUCAACAACCACUAUCGCUCCGACGACAGGGAUAAGAACCAGGGUUGAAAAUACGUUCGAAGCGGUCAGUUUGGGAUUGCCGUGCGUUACAGAUUUACAAUGCCGUGCAGCCGAUCCAUCAUCUAGGUGCAUGGAAGGCGUAUGCGAUUGUCUAGUUAAAACAAAUGAAACGAUCGCCUGCUCGGCAAGAAAUCGAGGCUGCAUACCAGGAACAUUCCAGUGCAGGAGCACUGGUACAUGUAUCAGUUGGUUCUUCGUUUGCGAUGGAAGAAAAGAUUGCUCAGACGGAUCUGAUGAAGACUGCAAGUCGUACAAAUGCCCCAGUGAAGCUUUCAGGUGCAAAUCGUCAGGAAAAUGUAUAUCACGCGCCAACAGGUGCGACGGAGUCAGAGAUUGUAAUGGAGGCGAAGACGAAGUGGAUUGUCAAGCUCUUGGAAAAAGGAAAUGUCCGCCAGACACAUUCCAAUGUUCAGACGGAAAGUGUUUGCCCGAAUACGAAUUCUGUAACGCGAUAAUUGGCUGCAGCGAUGGAAGUGAUGAACCAGCACACAUAUGCAGAGGUAGGGCGAGAAGGAGGAUAUCGGGCUACUGCCCUCUCAGGUGUGGAAACGGCAGAUGUAGAUCGACGGCUAUAGCGUGCUCUGGAAGAGACGGUUGUGGUGAUGGCACUGACGAGAGUCAUUGUUCAGUCUGCAGGUGUCCUAUCGCGCAAGGCAGGAGUUUAUAGUGUGUAAUAACGGGAAGUUAUACCAUGCCAAAAAUUUUGUAAAUUUUUUAUCGUCUCUCAGCUAUAAAGUAGACUAAUAUUUACGAUUAAGCGAUAAGCUAGGCCUAGAUGUAGUAGGUUUUCAUUUAAUGCUCAAGAUUAUUAAUGUACGUUAUACAUAGAUUUAUUUAUUUAUUUACACAAAUAUUAUGGUACAAGUACAUAUAAAAACAUUAUGUUAGUGACU